UUGGACACAUUUCAUGAGAUGCUUGAGGCAGAUGUUUGAGCAAGAGGGUUGCAACAAAGAUGAUUGGACCUUCAUCAGUGACAGGAUGAAGGGAGUUGACUUGGCAGUGAGAGAUACUUUUCCUAGAGCUACUAGGAGAGUUUGCUGCCAACACUUGUACAUGAAUUGCAAAAACAAUGGAUUUAGUGGAUCUGCUUUCUUCAAACUGUUUUGGAUAGCUGCAAAUGCACACAAUGAGUAUGUGUAUGGUAAAGCAUUAGAGAAGAUCACUGCUCAUGAUCCAAAUGCUGCUGCAUACUUGGACACAUGCCAGGAGCAGUGGUCCAGGCAUAUGUUUGACCCUGCUGUUUGUUGUGAUCACAACACAACAAACUUUGUGGAGUCAUUCAAUGCAUGCACAAAACCAUACAGAGACAUGCCUGUAUUCUCAUUGUUGGAAGCAAUCAGAAAGUGGUGUAUGGAGAGGGUUGGGGCAAGAUUUGACAUGGCAAUUGAUAUGGAGGAUGGUCAGUUGACUGAGUAUGCCAAGAAAGAGGUGGAUGAAAGAACAGGAGAGUCUAGGUUCUGCUAUGCUACAGCCUGUGGUGGGGGGGAAUUUGAGGUCAGAGAUGCACAUGUGAACUUCCCCAUCAGGUUAUCAACUAGAAGCUGUGGGUGUGGGAAGUGGCAAAUUUCUGGAAUCCCCUGCAAGCAUGCACUCAGGGUGAUUUAUGACCAAAGGCUGAACCCCAUUGAUUUUGUCUCCCCAUUCUUCAAGUCUGCUGCAUACAAGCUUACAUAUGCAGACCACAUUCACCCCAUGUCAGACCCAACACAGUGGCCUAACUUUUCUCUCCCUACCAUUCAGCCUCCAGUCAUCAAAAGACAAGCUGGCAGACCUGCUAAGAAGAGAAAGAGAGGACCAAAUGAACCCAGGAAGGGGAAGAGAAACAGCAAUGUGAAAUGUGGAAAGUGCAGGGAGUUUGGUCAUAACUCAAGGACAUGUAAGAAUGGAGGACCAAGCACUGGACCAAGCACUUCAGCAGCAGUAGGAGCAAGUACAUCACAAGGGGGUUCAAGGGGGAGGAAAAGAGCAAACACAGCAACUUAACCAUGCACAAAGUUAAAAGUUAGUCAGUUUUUGGUGAAUUGUAGGUGCACAAAGUUAAAAUAGCUUAGGCAAUUUACAAUUAGUAUCACUUUUUGGAAAGAACACAAUUGCUUAGACAAGAUGUUUUUGUGCAGUUUCAGUGGCAUUUGUCCACUUAGAAAUCAGUUUUUGUAAAGCUCAUAUGCUUAAACAAGUGAUGUUAUUGCUUGAAAUUUGUUACAACUCUACUUCAUUGCUAUCCAAAUUAGAAAUGCAAACAUUAUUACACCAAUUUUUAUUGCAAACUUGAAUUGUUGUUUCUGUUGUUUCAGUUUCUUCUUCAAUAGCUUCAACUCUUCAUGCAUUCCCCUGCUUCCUUCUUGCAUUCCCCUGUUUUCUUCUUGCAUUCCCCUGUUUUCAUCAGCUCUGUUUCCCUUGCUUUGAGCUUCAUCAAAUGUCUGCUCAACAAAACCUUUGCACCACUUGAAAUUAUCACAAGGAUCACACUUGUAGUAAAGCUUUUGCGGAUUUUUAGCCGUUUCCGAGCUCCUAAUUGCAAAUCUUCUCCCACAAUUGCAGUUUUUAUUUGGAACUCUUAGGUAUGACAAACUUGGGAUGGAAGAGGAUCCGGUUUUUGAAUUAGAACUCAUGGCUAUUUAGGAAAUAGAGGGCUAAACAUGGAGCAAGUCAAGUGAACAACAGCCUUACUUAUAGGCAGCAUGAACAUAACGGCUAUAUUGAAUUAAAACUAGCCGUUGGAUUCAAAUUAUGAAGUUUGGGUAUUUGGUGCAAAGAACUUUACAAA